AAAAUCUCAUUUUAUAUGUUGGACCGACGCACCGGUUCUCGAGAAUUUUCAAUUUUUCAGAGUUGCUUUGUUUAAAAGUGCUUUGCUUUCAGAACAAAUGUAAAGACAGAACUAGACCAAGUGUAACAUUAGCGGCCUAACUCCCCGAAUAUCAUAUUAUUUGAUCAUUUCAGUAAAAUACGGGUCAAGAUGGUCGGCAAAAGCAACAAGCUGUAUGUUCUCAAAAGAGGUGGUCGAAUGGAAGAAGUUCAUAUUGAUAAAAUUACUUCAAGAAUCAAGAAACUUUGUUAUGGAUUAAAUAUGGACUUUGUGGAUCCUGUUAGCAUAACUCUAAAGGUUAUAAAUGGUAUCUAUUCUGGAGUGACAACUGUGGAGCUUGAUAACCUAGCAGCUGAAACAGCUGCAACUAUGACUACUGAUCAUCCAGAUUAUGCAAUUCUAGCUGCAAGAUUGGCCAUUUCCAAUUUACACAAAGAAACCAAGAAGCAUUUCUCGGAUGUUAUGACUGAUUUAUAUAAUAUUGUUAAUCCUUACACAAAGAAAAAGUCUCCAAUGAUAUCUGAGAUGCAUUACAACAUUAUGCUGAAAUACAAAGACCGAUUAGAUUCUGCAAUUGUCUAUGAUAGAGAUUUUAAAUAUAAUUAUUUUGGAUUUAAAACUCUGGAAAGAUCUUAUUUACUGAAAAUCAACAACAAGGUUGCUGAACGACCACAACAUAUGCUCAUGCGAGUUUCGAUUGGCAUUCAUGGUGAAGAUAUCGAUGCUGCAAUAAGCACAUAUAACUUGAUGUCAGAAAAAUAUUUUACUCAUGCGAGCCCAACACUUUUCUCAGCCGCUACACCUAGGCCUCAACUAUCUUCAUGUUUCCUCAUUGCAAUGAAGGAUGAUAGUAUUGAAGGGAUUUAUGACACCCUAAAACAAUGUGCACUGAUUUCAAAAUCAGCAGGGGGCAUUGGCCUCCAUGUCCAUUGCAUAAGAGCCAAAGGAACAUAUAUUGCUGGGACUAAUGGAGUUUCAAAUGGCCUUGUCCCCAUGUUAAGAGUCUAUAAUAACACUGCAAGGUAUGUGGACCAAGGCGGUAAUAAACGUCCAGGUGCUUUUGCAAUUUAUCUGGAACCUUGGCAUGCAGAUAUAUUUGAAUUCUUGGAUUUAAAAAAGAACACAGGCAAAGAAGAAGUACGAGCCAGAGAACUUUUUUAUGCACUAUGGAUACCGGAUUUAUUUAUGAAAAGGGUAGAAAAAAAUGAGAACUGGAGCCUAAUGUGUCCACAUAACUGCCCUGGAUUAGCAGACUGCUGGGGUGAAGAGUUUGAGGCCCUGUAUGAGAAAUAUGAACAGGAAAACAGAUUUGUCAAACAAGUCCGUGCACAAAUGUUAUGGAAAGCAAUCAUAGAAGCACAAGUAGAAACUGGAACACCAUAUAUGCUUUACAAGGAUUCCUGUAAUAGAAAAAGUAAUCAAAAAAAUCUUGGUACUAUUAAAUGCAGUAACCUGUGCACUGAAAUUGUUGAGUACACAUCAGCUGAUGAAGUUGCAGUGUGCAAUCUAGCUUCUAUAGCAGUUAACAUGUUUGUUGAAAACAAAGUAUUUAACUUUGAAAAAUUAAAAGAAGUAACUAAAAUUGCUACACAGAAUUUAAAUAAAAUUAUUGAUGUCAACUUCUACCCAAUCCCAGAAGCUAAAAAUUCCAAUAUGAGACACCGACCCAUUGGCAUCGGAGUUCAGGGAAUGGCUGAUGCCUUUGUGUUGAUGAGGAUUCCAUAUGAAAGUAAAGAGGCCAUACUUCUGAAUCAACAAAUUUUUGAAACAAUUUAUUAUGGUGCUCUGGAAGCCAGCUGUGAGCUGGCUGAAAAGGAAGGAGUGUAUAGCACUUACGAGGGAAGCCCAACCAGCCAAGGUAUUUUGCAAUAUGACAUGUGGAACAAGACUCCCACUGACCUUUGGAAUUGGUCAGCACUUAAAGAAAAAAUUGGAAAGCAUGGUCUUCGGAAUUCUCUUUUAUUAGCACCAAUGCCUACAGCAUCCACUGCACAAAUUCUUGGAAAUAAUGAAUCUUUUGAACCAUUCACGUCAAAUAUAUAUCAACGCAGAGUUUUAUCGGGAGAAUUCCAAGUUGUUAAUCAUCAUCUUCUCACAGACUUGACUCAGGCAGACCUCUGGGAUGAGGAAAUGAAAAACCUUAUAAUCCACAACAAUGGUUCAAUACAAAAUAUUGAAAGGAUUCCAGAAGAAAUAAGAAACUUAUAUAAGACAGUUUGGGAGAUUUCAGUUAAAACUACUAUUCAAAUGGCUGCAGACAGAGGAGCUUUUAUAGAUCAAAGUCAGUCCUUUAAUAUACACGUGGCUGAACCAAAUUAUGGCAAACUGACUUCAAUACAUUUUUAUGCAUGGAAAAUGGGUCUCAAAACAGGAAUGUACUAUUUACGCACAAAACCAGCUGCUAAUGCCAUUCAAUUCACAGUAGAUAAGUCUAAAGUGAAAGUCACCAAUGGAAAUGCUGAAAAAGAUGAAGCAACCAUGUCCAUGAUUGCUUGUUCCUUGUUGAACAAAGAUGACUGUUUAAGCUGUGGUUCUUAAUUUAUAAUGAUCAUAUUAAUAUGGAAGUAUGCCUUAAAAACACUGAUUAGCUUUUAUUUUAUAAGUAAG